GUAUUUAAGUCGAAAAAUAACGUUUAUGCCAGAUUGUUUGGCCGAAUUUUACCAUGAAGCUGCUUCCAGUUUUUGUGCUUGUGGUGUUGUGGGUUGGGUCCAGUUCCAGUCCCGUCAAGACUGAGGGCGGAAUUGUGUCGACUCUCAGCAGCAGUGCGCGAUACGUUGGCAAGAAGUUGCAUAUUAUCAAAAAACGCCAACUGGGGCAAGUUGACUCAGAAAGCAAAGAGCUGAAGACCAAUGAGUUGGAGUUGGAAGGUGGUUCAGAGCAUCAGAACCAGCCCAACGAAACUGAGAUCAGCAACAGAACCAAGAGAGCGCAAGGCUCAGAUGAUCCCCGCUAUAUUCUGGUUCAUGAUGUGCCACCCUGCAAGAAACGAAGAUCCGCCGAAGAUUACGAACAACCAUUGCCAGCCUGUAGCACGCCAGGCGGAAAAAACAUCACCAUUAUCAUCCAGAAUUCCAUGGAGGCAGCCGAGAAGCAUCGAUUGACCAGAGGUGCGGAAACUGCUGAAGGAAAUGGAAACAUCAGUCCAAGUGAAAAUGCAGCUGCGGAAGAAACAGCCAAAACUGAUCAAGUCGCAGACUUGAAGCUUUCUGAUCCGGAAAGAGAGCAAGAUAGGCCAAGAUCAGCAGAAGAAGUGAACAAUUUAAGAGAAGCAGAACAACCUGCUGCAGGGCGGAAACUGUUGUGGACACUGGACGAUGAAGAACCAUUGCCAGAAGCUCCGCCUUUCUUGGAUAGCAUGUGGACACUGGACGAUGAAGGACCAUUGGCAAAAGCUUUGCCUUUCUUGGAUAGCAGCCCUCAAACUGAUCCACAACCCUUCAACUUUUUGCAUGCAAGUGGAGCAAUUGAUAAAUCCCUGAGUGAUCAGCAGCAGCACUUCAAAGCAGACCAAAAACAGGACAAAAAUGCUGAAGUUGUAGUGGAUAGAAUCAGCCUAGUUGCUUCACACGCUUUUUGCGUUUGCGUAGUUACGAACACGAAAUGUAGUCCUUACGUCAAUGGGUUUCGUGCUUGGGAGCAAUCGGACACCGUAAAUUGCACCCGAGCAUGCUCGAAACUGGCCGACUGUUGCUGUGAAGUGAACCGAGCGGAGCCGAUCAAGAGCACCGACAAUGACGUCAGUGCGUCAGAACGUGCCAAGCAUCUGGAUCAAACAUUGUAUUUGGAAGUUGCCUGGAUCAUCAUUCUCAUGUUAAACAUCCUAGUGGGCAUAAACACGAUUGUGAUUGGUUACGUGUGCUGGAAAGGACCCAAUAAGAAGAAGAGCGUGUUCUUGGUGCAUGGCUAUGCCAAUACUCCACCUGCAAGAGCUUAGAGGUUUUUUUAGUUAAUUUGUUUUAGUAGUUUUUGUUAGAUUUAUUCAAGUUGCUUUUUUAUUGAAAAAUAAAUGUCUAAUUUUAGUUAGAAAAAAUUGAUCUUUUCCGAUUAAGGUUCUUAAAGCAGUGAUUGUAUAGUUGAACUGUAAAA